AUGUCUAUUGCCUUGAAUAAUUCUUGGGAAAAAAAUGACAAAAAACUUAACCGUACUCUAAAAAAUUCUCUUUCUACAUUUUUUCUCUUUGCUUUCUAUUUCACUCACUCACUCAUUCACUCACUCACUCACUCGCUCGCUAUAUCUAUCUAUCUAUCUAUCUAUCUAUCUAUCUAUUUUUAUUAUCUGGCUCUUUAUCUCUGUUUAUUAACUAUCUAUCUACCUAUCUAUUUUUCUGUCUGUCUUUCACAGUCCUUUCGUAUCUAUCUAUCUAUCUAUCUAUCUAUCUAUCUAUGUUUCAAAGUCCUUUCCUAUCUAUCUAUCCUGGUCCCUUCAUAUCUAUCUAUCUAUCUAUCUAUCUAUCUAUCUAUCUAUCUUUCAAAGUCCUUUCCUAUCUAUCAUGGUACCUUCACAUCUAUCUAUCUAUCUAUCUAUCUAUCUAUCUAUCUAUCUAUCUAUCAAAGUCCUUUCCUAUCUAUCUAUCAUGGUUCCUUCAUACCUAUCUAUCUAUCUAUCUAUCUAUCUAUCUAUCUAUCUAUCUAUCUAUCUUUCACAGUCCUUUCGUAUCUAUCUAUCCAUUUAUCUAUCUAUCUCUGUCUAUUUGUCUGUCUUUCACAGUCCUUUCGUAUCUAUCUUUCUAUCUAUCUAUCUAUUUGUCUAUCUAUCUAUCUCACUAUGUUAGUAUCUAUCUAUCUAUCUAUCUAUCUAUCUAUCUAUUGGAUCAAAAUUAAAUAG